AAAAGCAAACAAAAAGUGGUUGAAGAAAGCCAGCUUUAUAAAUUUUGUUGUCUACAGACCUGGUAAUGCAUUAUAGCAGUCAUACACUUUUAAUGGUAAUUUAAAAAAGAAUUACUCUCAGUCUAUAAAAGUUUAAUAAACUGUUACAUAUUUUGUAUUUGAAAUGGAAAAAAUUCUUUUUCGUUGUAUUUGCAUUUUUCUGAUGUUUAUCCGGAGUUCGGAGGGGGAGGGGGAGGUGCCCUAUUGCAAAGAAGCUCGGAAGUGUCUGUGCAUGAUAUUAAAAGUGCAGUGUCUCCAUGUCACAGCUGAUGACCCAGACAUCGAUAAACUGACGAGCAACUUCGAAGCCAUUAUAGCAGCACAGUCAGUGCUUCAAUUCCGAACUGUGAACCCAUACAUCACGGAGAUACAAAUAGAAACGAGCGAGUACUCAUUCCUCACCAACGAGCCCGCCUUCCCCAAUUUGAGAGUGUUCAAUCUAGUCAGCUCAACCUACCGCGGGUUCCCCAAGAACAACAUAACCGAACUAAGAAUUAAACAGAGCGGAAACUUGCAGGGCAAAGGAUUGCUACGAGUGCUAAAAAAUCUCAGCCAUGAGUUCCCAAAACUGGAAAAACUAGAGCUGGUGAAUAUGCUGCUUACCUUUGACGAAAGAGACACAACAGCAGAACCAAUCAAGUUUGACAAUCUGAAAAACCUAGUGUUGACUGGGAACAGUAUCAGUUCCCUGCUGGUGUUGAACUCGAUCGAGGGGUGGUGGAGGAUGAAGGAGAUCAACUUCGCCAACAACAGCAUCACAACAAUCACUCUGGGCGACAUAAAACAGAUUGCCGGAUUUGAAUUCGAGCCAGACGCCUCAGUGAAACUGCAGAUGGGACAGCAGAGGUCAAUUUAUUGUGUGUGUGGUCUGAAUGACUUCCAGAGGUGGCUCAAGGCCACAGAGUUGUUCACGAAUCCCAGUUCAAUCAGGUGCAAACUACAGACUGGCAGAUUCAAUGCGCCAACAGACAGUUUGCUCAACGUGCACAAUCUUUGCCAAAAAUCAAGACAAUCAACUGCCGUAGCUUUACAUGGAGUGGGUAAAUUGAAGGGAUCAGUUGCUGCGCUGAUAGUGACGGGGUCAGUAGUGGGUAUCAUUGCCAUAUGUGUAAUCUCUUGUCAUCAUCACAGAAUAGGCAAGACUGCCAGGAGCAUGCGACAAAUGAGAAAUACACCGCCAUACCAAAGAUAAAAACAACAAAAUCAAUUGGCGUAGUUGGAACUUACUUGCUGUUAGCAUAAAUAUAAUUAUAGUACUAAAUAAAAUU